AUGAUAUGGAUGUUAUAAGUUAAAUCAAGUACAUAUUCUCAAAAUCUUGAUGGGAAAGCAUUGCAUUUAAGAUAAGACUUUCUAUUAAAUUGAAACCGACCAACGAACCGUAUUUUUAUCAUUGCCCUUGCCACUUCAAAGGCUUGACACUGAUUCAAAAAGUUUAAGAUGUUACCGAAAAAGAUUAUUCGAUCUGUAUGCUAUAUAGCAUAUAUACUAGCUUUUAUGCCGGAAGCCUUUUCGAAACCUGAAUUUUACGGAGCAACGAUGAGCGUUUUCUUAACGAACUUCACUCACGGCAAAAUAUUGGCUGAAGUUAAAGUCAUGACAGGCUGGAGGUUGGGUUCCGGACCAUGCGGACCCAAUUGUAAUUUGAUUGGUGUUGGCAAUUCAACAAAAUCUGAGCGUACGUUUAUUGAAACCAAAAGAAACGAUUCCUACUAUUUUGGAAAAUUUACGGUUGAAUAUCAAACUGACUCAAAAUACCAGACUACCGACCUUUAUAUAACGUCCAAUUACACGGAACAUGUUGUUGCCGUUAGCACAACUGAAACAUGGGAAUUGCUUUCAAUGAAGUUUUACGCGUUACUACAACCACCCGGAAGUAAAGAGGAUAUUGUAUUUGAUGGGAGAGAUUGGUAUAGCCAUAUCACUCAGGGUGACCAUGUUCGUUGGCAUUUACAAGUAAAACUAUCUAACCAUAUACGAAAUGAUACAAAUACGUUUAACAGAAUUCCAAGGGCAGUCUUAAAACCAUACUACAAGAUCCAGCUUAACCAGAAUACAUCGAUUACUAUUCCUGUUGUGGACGAUGAUGGAGAUUUUCUGUCUUGCAAGGCGGCAUCUGGAGUUGAGGCCUUUUCCAUUUCGUUUCCACCUCCGGAUGUAAAGGGAAUUACUAUUAGUGGGGCUUGUACGGUCACGUUUGAGGCAUAUUCAUCCAACAACUUCAUAAGAGGCAUGAUUAUUCCUGUUGUCCUGACAGUAAAGGACUUUCCGCGACAUCCCAUUGAGUUUGGUGCUUUCACAACAAACAAUGAUGGCUCAACUUUGAGUAAAAUACCAGUAGAGUUUCUUGUAGAAAUUGUUCAAUCCUUGGACACUCCACGUUUUGCGCCACCUACAUACGGAUCCAAUCACCAGUUUGUAGUCUUCAAAGGUGCAAGUUGGGAAACAACCAUUUAUGUUAACUCAGGAAAGAGCCCUUUGGAUGGUUUGCGUUUAAUAUGCGACAACAACAACUUCACUGUGGGCAAUGUUAAACGGGAUCCAUCAAAACCAGGCGUUUCAUUUGCAACAGUUAAAUGGGCCGAUACAUUGUCUCACGUCAUAAAGUCGAUUGUGUGUGUUACUGCGAUAGACCAGUACCUGGUGGAAUCUGCAGAGUUACGCUGCUUUUUAAUUGAAUACAAAGACUUCCAGUUCACCUUCUGGCAAUCAACAAAUCCUGGUGAGCGACCACAGUUUAUAAACGUGCCAUCUUUUAAUGAGAAUAUCACAUGUCCAGUUAAUGCAACAUGCAUUAUACCCUUGUUCCUCUUGUCCUUCAGGCCGGUCAGUAAUAUAAGCAUUAUCGACAAUCUUUUAAACUUCACGGACAUAACUCCAGUUUCUCCAGACAACACUUUACGUGAUACAUACAGAUCAGAUCUAUAUAUCAGACAUCUGGUUGCAGAAGAAUUGAAGCUUUGUCUGAUUGCCAAGGGCAUAAAUGGGAAUACCAGUGACGUGCUGUGUUUCAAAGUGGAUUGCAUACCUCCUGAUCCAUGUUUGCAGAUUCCAUGUUUCAAUGACGGCAUAUGCAUCUCAGACAAGAUUACCGGGGAUUUUGUUUGUCAGUGUAUUGAUGGUUUUGUCGGCCAAUUUUGUGAAACAGAAAGUGACCCCUGCACACCCGAUCCUUGCAGUGGACAUGGUUUUUGUUUUAAUAGCGUGAAACCUUAUUUCUGCUAUUGCACUGACGACGGGAUCACUCCAAAUCAAUACUCUGGCAGUAACUGUGAAAUAAAAAGUGACCCCUGCACACCCGAUCCUUGCAGUGGACAUGGUUUUUGUUUUAAUAGCGUGAAACCUUAUUUCUGCUAUUGCACUGACGACGGGAUCACUCCAAAUCAAUACUCUGGCAGUAACUGUGAAAUAAAUGGAGAUGAAUGCUCCUCGAAUCCUUGCAUGAACGGAGGUACAUGUGUUGACGGUGAAACUGGCUUUACUUGCAUAUGCAAAAACAAUUUCUUUGGGAAAAGAUGUGAGACAGACGCUAUGUGCAACUUUGAAAAUGGAUCACAGUGCAUAUGGCAAAACGUUAACCUUGGUGAUGAUUUCGACUGGAUGCUUCAUCGGUCUAAAACGCCUUCUGAUGACACAGGUCCGAACGUAGACCACACGUUUGGAAAUGAGACCGGAACUUAUUAUUAUAUCGAAACAAGUGCACCGCGACAGACGGAUAAUUUCGCGUGGUUGCAAAGUCCACCGCUACAAUCGUUGCAUCAAGCGGUUUGCUUGCAGUUCUGGUAUAAUAUGUACGGAGAAAGUGUAGGAAAGCUCGCAGUUUCUGUUGCUUAUAACGGAACAUUACCAGGCAGUGAAAUUUGGGCUAAGACAGGGAAUCAGGGACCUGAUUGGCAAUUUGGACGGGUUACAGUUAUCUGUAAUGGGACUUUUCAGAUAACAUUCCAAGGAGUCGUUGGUGACGGAUAUCUUGGAGAUAUUGCUAUUGACGAUUUUUCGUUUGAAACUGGCCAGUGUCGGCCAAUUACCCACACGGCUACACCUCGGUCAAAUACAACAAUUCAACCAUUAACAUCAACUUUCAACGUGGGAAUUGGUUGCUAUGGAAAUCCAUGUGGAAGAGGGGUUUGCUACGUUCAUCUGAACGAGUAUUUAUGUGACUGCCCUUCAGGUUACGCAGGAAAAAACUGUAACAUAGAUAUCGACCACUGUGCAAGUAUACCAUGCAAAAAUAACGGACAUUGUAUUAACAUUGGUUCUACCUUCAAAUGUGAAUGUCGCCUUGGGUAUUCCGGACAAGACUGUUCAUAUGAGCAUGGCCUUAAAUGUUUUGGAUGUCUGAGUCAGUCAAGUCAAGAGGCGUGUACUGCGGUGACAACCUGUGGAUCUGGUGAGUAUUGCUUUAUUGGAGCUUAUCAAGAUGUCAAUGGAUCAACGAAAUAUAAUAGCGGCUGCACACAAACAUUGGAGUGUCAUUCCUCGACUGGAGGAAAUUGUAGACACUGUUGUAAUACCGACUUCUGUAACGACCAGGGAUGCGGAAUCAAAGGGUAUUCAGCAAGAAGUCAAAGAGGACCACUUUGUUUUGACUGCAAUGAUAUGAUGGACAUAUCUUUCUGCAAAAGAGUGACACAAUGUCAAAGCGAUGAGAUAUGCACAUCAUACAUGAACCAGUACAUGCAUUUCGACAGCAAGUGUAUUUCCAGUCAAAGUAGGUGCAGUGUUUCUGGGGAUGGGUACUGUCAGAAAUGUUGCGCAGAUGACUUCUGUAAUGGAAAUUGUACCACAGCUGGAGUUGCUGGGUAACAUACGUGGAUAAUUGCCUCGUCAGAUUGUAUACAAUUUAUGGAUUAUAUUUAAUACAGUGUGAUAUGCAAGAAAUAAUUUGUUAUAACAUUUGUUGUUAAAAGUGUAGAUACAUUUUGUCCCUUUAAUUUCAUCUGUUUUUGUUGACAUAUAAAAUUAUACUGGUGCUGCCCUUGGAAUCAUUGUUAAUGCUGUCUUUACUUUUGUCCUCUUUAACUGAAACAUUUUAUAACCAAGACUACGUGUUCAAGAUUGUAAAGAUAGUGUAGAAAUAAAAUCGCAGGUAUUGUU